AGGAGGGGGGCUGUCUCCUCCUCUUCCCCAGCAGCUGCUGCUCCUUCAGCUCACAAGCCGGACCCGGGGACUGGGCGGCCGCGACUCCUCGGGCUCCUGAGAAGCGGAUCCGCUCCCGGCCGCCGCAAUGCCCGGAGCCGCCGGGGUCCUCCUGGUCCUGCUGCUCAGCGGGGGCCUCGGGGGCGGCCAGGCCCAGAGGCCACAGCUGCAACAGCGGCCGCGGCAGCCACAGGCACAUCAGCAAAGAGGUUUAUUCCCUGCUGUCCUGAAUCUUGCUUCCAAUGCUCUCAUCACCACAAAUGCAACAUGUGGAGAAAAAGGACCUGAAAUGUAUUGCAAAUUGGUAGAGCAUGUCCCUGGACAGCCUGUGAGGAACCCCCAAUGUCGAAUCUGCAAUCAAAACAGCAGCAAUCCGUAUCAGAGACACCCGAUUACAAAUGCUAUUGAUGGAAAGAACACUUGGUGGCAGAGUCCCAGUAUUAAGAAUGGAAUUGAAUACCAUUAUGUGACGAUUACACUGGAUUUACAGCAGGUGUUCCAGAUUGCUUAUGUGAUUGUGAAAGCAGCUAAUUCCCCGCGGCCUGGAAACUGGAUUUUGGAACGCUCACUUGAUGAUGUCGAAUACAAGCCUUGGCAGUAUCAUGCUGUGACAGACACGGAGUGUCUAACACUUUACAAUAUUUAUCCCCGCACUGGACCGCCAUCAUAUGCCAAAGACGAUGAGGUCAUCUGCACUUCAUUUUAUUCCAAGAUACACCCCUUAGAAAAUGGAGAGAUACACAUCUCUUUGAUCAAUGGGAGACCAAGUGCCGAUGACCCUUCUCCUGAACUGCUGGAAUUCACCUCCGCUCGCUAUAUUCGCCUGAGAUUUCAGAGAAUCCGCACCCUGAAUGCCGACUUGAUGAUGUUUGCUCACAAAGACCCAAGAGAAAUUGACCCGAUUGUCACACGAAGAUAUUACUACUCGGUCAAGGAUAUUUCGGUCGGAGGGAUGUGCAUCUGCUACGGUCAUGCCAGGGCUUGUCCACUUGAUCCAGUGACAAAUAAAUCCCGCUGUGAAUGUGAGCAUAAUACAUGUGGGGAUAGCUGUGAUCAGUGCUGUCCAGGAUUCCAUCAGAAACCUUGGAGAGCUGGCACUUUUCUGACUAAAACUGAAUGCGAAGCAUGCAAUUGUCAUGGGAAAGCUGAAGAAUGCUAUUAUGAUGAAAAUGUUGCCAGAAGAAAUCUGAGUUUAAAUAUACAUGGAAAGUACAUUGGAGGGGGUGUGUGCGUGAAUUGUACCCAAAAUACUGCUGGUAUAAACUGUGAGACAUGCAUUGAUGGCUUCUUCAGACCCAAAGGGGUGUCUCCUAAUUAUCCACGACCAUGCCAGCCAUGCCAUUGUGAUCCAAUUGGUUCCUUAAAUGAAGUCUGUGUGAAGGAUGAAAAACGUGCUCGGCGAGGUCUGGCACCUGGGUCUUGUCAUUGCAAACCUGGCUUCAGAGGCGUGAGUUGUGAUCGAUGUGCCAGGGGCUACACUGGCUACCCAGACUGCAAACCCUGUAACUGCAGUGGCGCAGGGAGCGCAAAUGAGGACCCUUGUUUUGGACCCUGUAACUGCAAGGAGAAUGUUGAAGGUGGGGACUGCAGUCACUGUAAAUCCGGCUUCUUCAACUUGCAAGAGGAUAAUCAUAAAGGUUGUGACGAGUGUUUCUGUUCAGGGGUUUCAAACAGAUGUCAGAGCUCCUACUGGACCUAUGGCCAUAUACAAGACAUGAGUGGCUGGUACCUAACUGACCUCUCUGGCCACAUUCGAGUGGCUCCCCGGCAGGAUGACUCAGAGCCAGCUCAGCAGAUCAGCAUCAGCAGUGUGGAAGCCCAGCGUUCCCUGCCACAGAGGUACUACUGGAGUGCACCAGCUCUGUAUCUGGGAAACAAACUUACAGCAGCUGGAGGACAGUUGACAUUUACCAUCUCAUAUGACUUUGAAGAAGAGGAAGAAGAUACAGAAAACGUUCUCCAGAUUAUGGUUAUCUUAGAGGGAAGUGACUUGAGGAUCAGCACAGUCCAAGAUGAGGUGUAUCUGCAACCAUAUGAAGAACAUAUCCAUUCAUUGUCACUUAAAGAAGAAUUGUUUACCAUACAUGGCACAAAUUUCCCUGUCAGUAGAAGAGAGUUUAUGACAGUGCUCGCGAAUAUAAAGAGAGUCCUCAUACAAAUCACCUACAGCCUUGGGAUGGAUGCCACCUUCAGGCUGGGCUCUGUUGGCCUUGAAUCCGCAGUCCCCUAUCCUACUGAUGGAACCAUUGCAACCGCCGUGGAGAUUUGCCAGUGUCCACCUGGGUAUUCUGGCUCCUCUUGUGAGAAGAGACACCAAGCUAAUGCUUCCUCUAAUCUCAUACCUGCCAAUAAUGCUAAGUCUUGUUGGCCUCGGCACAGACGAAUCAAUGGCACUAUUUUGGGUGGCAUCUGUGAACCAUGUCAAUGCUUUGGCCAUGCAGAAUCUUGUGAUGACAUCACUGGAGAAUGCCUGAACUGUAAGGAUCACACAGGUGGCCCAUACUGCAAUAAAUGUCUUCCUGGUUUCUAUGGUGAUCCUACUAAAGGAACCUCUGAAGACUGUCAGCCCUGCGCCUGUCCACUCAAUAUCCCAUCCAAUAACUUUAGCCCGACGUGCCAUUUAGACCGAAGUCUCGGAUUGAUCUGUGACGCAUGCCCUGUCGGGUACACAGGACCACGCUGUGAGAGGUGUGCAGAAGGCUAUUUUGGACAACCUUCUGUACCUGGAGGAUCAUGUCAGCCAUGCCAAUGCAAUGACAACCUUGACUUCUCCGUCCCUGGCAGCUGUGACAGCUUGUCUGGCUCCUGUCUGAUAUGUAAGCCAGGUACAACAGGCCGGUACUGUGAGCUCUGUGCUGAUGGAUAUUUUGGAGACGCAGUUGAUGCAAAGAACUGUCAGCCUUGUCGCUGUAAUGUCAACAGCUCCUUUUCCGAGAGUUGCCAUGCUAGGACAGGACAAUGUGAAUGCAAACCUAAUGUGCAAGGACUGCGGUGUGAUGAGUGUAAGCCCGAUAUGUGGUGGGAUCCAGAGAAGCACUUCUGUGUGUUAUGUGACUGCAGUCUCGUUGGUUCUGUGACACCACAGUGUGAUAUUACAGGAAGAUGUGCAUGUAAAUCUGGCUUCGUAGGGAGACACUGCAACCUCAGCAGGCAGGUGCACCGACAGGAGGAGCAGUCACAGAGAGCGCACCGGGUGCUGGGGCCUCCUCAGAGGUGGGGUUUCAGCAGCUCCAGCGGGUGCCCUCGGGGAGCCUAUCGGCCCCCAGCUCCGCCUGAAACCUUUGGCCUACAAUCCGGAAGGGGGUGUGUUCCCUGCAAUUGCAAUUCCUUUGGGUCUAAGUCAUUUGACUGUGAAGAGAGUGGUCAAUGUUGGUGCCAACCUGGAGUAGCAGGAAAGAAAUGUGACCGCUGUGCUCACGGCUAUUUCAACUUCCAAGAAGGAGGCUGCACAGCUUGUGAUUGUUCCCAUCUGGGUAAUAAUUGUGACCCAAAGACUGGUCAGUGCAUUUGCCCUCCCAACACCAUUGGAGAAAAAUGUUCUAAAUGUGCACCUAACACCUGGGGCCACAGCAUCACCACUGGUUGUAAGGCUUGUAACUGCAGCACAGUAGGAUCCUUGGAUUUCCAGUGCAAUACAAACACAGGCCAAUGCAACUGUCAUCCCAAAUUCUCUGGUGCAAAAUGUACAGAGUGCAAUCGAGGUCACUGGAACUACCCUCACUGCAGCCCCUGCGAGUGCUUCCUGCCGGGUACUGAUGAAAGGACCUGCGAUUCAGAGACUAAAAAGUGCUCCUGUAUGGAUCAGACAGGGCAGUGCACCUGUAAGGUGCAUGUAGAAGGUGUGCGCUGUGACAGGUGCCAGCCAGGCAAGUUUGGACUAGAUGCCAAGAACCCACUUGGCUGCAGCAGCUGCUAUUGCUUCGGCGCCACUACCCAGUGCUCUGAAGCCAAAGGACUGAUCCGUACGAGGGUGACUCUGAAGCCUGAGCAGACCAUCCUGCCCCUGGUGGACGAGGCUCUGCAGCAUACUACCACCAAAGGCAUCGUUUUUCAACAUCCGGAGACUGUUGCACAUAUGGAUCUGGUGAGACAGGAGCUCCACCUGGAACCCUUUUACUGGAAACUUCCAGAACAAUUUGAAGGCAAGAAGUUGACGGCCUAUGGAGGCAAACUCAAGUAUGCGAUCUAUUUUGAGGCUCGGGAAGAGACAGGUUUCUCCACCUAUAAUCCUCAAGUUAUAAUUCGAGGUGGGACACCCACUCAUGCUAGAAUUAUCAUCAGGCAUAUGGCUGCUCCUCUAAUUGGCCAAUUGACAAGGCACGAGAUUGAAAUGACAGAGAAAGAAUGGAAAUAUUAUGGUGAUGACCCUCGAAUCACUAGAACCGUGACCCGUGAAGACUUCUUGGAUAUUCUAUACGAUAUUCAUUAUAUUCUUAUCAAAGCAACUUAUGGAAAUAUCAUGAGACAAAGCAGGAUUUCUGAAAUCUCGAUGGAGGUAGCUGAACAAGGACGCAUAACAGCGGUGACUCCUCCAGCUCGUUUGAUAGAAAGAUGUGAUUGUCCCCCAGGCUAUUCCGGUUUGUCCUGUGAGACAUGCAUGCCAGGAUUUUAUCGACUACGGUCUGAGCCAGGCAGCCACACUCCUAGACCAACCCUGGGUACCUGCGUUCCAUGUCAGUGUAAUGGACACAGCAGCCUAUGUGACCCUGAAACUUCUAUAUGCCAGAAUUGUCAACAUCACACUGCUGGUGACUUCUGUGAACGAUGUACUCUUGGAUAUUAUGGAAUUGUCAGGGGAUUGCCAAAUGACUGUCAGCAAUGUGCUUGCCCUCUGAUUUCUUCCAGCAACAAUUUCAGCCCUUCUUGUGUCAUGGAAGGCCUCGAUGAUUACCGCUGCACAGCUUGCCCACGAGGAUACGAAGGCCAGUACUGUGAACGGUGUGCCCCUGGCUAUACUGGCAGCCCCAGCAGCCCUGGAGGUUCCUGCCAAGAAUGUGAGUGUGACCCCUAUGGCUCGCUGCCUGCCCCCUGUGACCCUAUCACGGGGCUCUGCACGUGCCGGCCUGGAGCCACAGGGCGGAAGUGUGACGGCUGCAAGCACUGGCAUGCGCGCGAGAGCACGGAGUGCGUGUUUUGUGGAGAUGAAUGCACGGGCCUUCUUCUCGGUGACUUGGCUCGCCUGGAGCAGAUGGCCAUGAGCGUCAACCUCACUGGCCCGCUGCCUGCCCCAUAUACGAUGCUGUAUGGCCUUGAAAAUAGGACUCAAGAACUAAAGCAUUUGCUCUCACCUCAGCGAGCCCCAGAGAGGCUCAUUCAAUUGGCAGAGGGCAAUCUGAACACCCUCGUGAUGGAAAUGAAUGAGCUUCUGACCAGGGCGACCAAAGUGACAGCAGAUGGCGAGCAAACUGGACAGGAUGCUGAGAGGACCAACAGGAGAGCAGACUCCUUAGGAGAAUUCAUUAAGGAGCUUGCCCAGGAUGCAGAAGCUGUAAAUGAAAAAGCUGUGAGACUAAAUGAAACUCUAGGAAUUCAAGACCAGGACUUUGAGAGAAAUUUGCAAGGGCUUCAGAAAGAGAUUGAUCAGAUGAUGACUGAACUGAGGAGGAAAAAUCUUGAUAAACAAAAGGAAGUUGCCGAAGAUGAGUUAGUGGCUGCAGAAGGCCUUCUGAAGAAGGUGAAGAAGUUCUUUGGAGAGUCCCGAGAGAAGAAUGAAAAAGCAGAGAAGGAUAUCCGGGCGAUACUGGCAGACAACAAAGAUAAAGUGGAUGCUGCUUGGGACCUGUUGAGAGAAGCCACCGAUAAAAUCAGAGAGGCUAAUCGCUUAUCUGCAGCAAAUCAGAAAAACAUGACUGCUUUGGAGAAAAAGAAGGAAGCUAUCGAAAAUGGCAAACAACAAACUGAGAACACUUUAAAAGAAGGCAAUGACAUACUCAGUGAAGCCAACCGUCUUGCAGAUGAAAUCAACUCCGUCAUAGAUUACGUUGAAGACAUUCAAACUAAGUUGCCACCCAUGUCUGAGGAGCUGAAGGAUAAAAUAGAUGACCUCUCCCAGGAAAUACAGGACAGAAACCUUGCUGAGAAGGUGUCCCAGGCUGAGAGCCAUGCAGCUCAGUUGAAUGACUCAUCUGCUGUCCUUGAUGGAAUCCUUGACGAAGCUAAAAACAUCUCCUUCAAUGCCACUGCAGCCUUCAAUGCUUACAGCAAUAUUAAGGACUCUAUUGAUGAAGCUGAGAAAAUUGCCCAAGAAGCCAAAGAUCUUGCACAUGAAGCUACAAAACUGGCAACAGGUCCUCAGGGUUCAUUAAAGGAAGGAGCCAAAGGUUCUCUUCAGAAAAGCUUUGGGGUUCUUAAUGAAGCCAAGAAGUUAGCAAAUGAUGUCAAAGAAAAUGAUGAUUAUCUGAAUGGCUUAAUAACCCGAUUAGAAAAUGCAGAUGUUAAAAAUGGAGAUCUCCUGAGAGCUUUGAAUGACACUUUGGCAAAGUCGUCAGCCAUUCCCGAUGACACAGCCACUAAACUGCAAGGUGUUAAGGACAAAGCGAGACAAGCCAACAACACAGCAAAACAUGUGCUGGCACGGAUUAAAGAUCUCCACCAGGACCUUGACGGCCUGAAGAAAAAUUACAAUCAACUGGCAGACAGCAUAGCCAAAACAAAUGCUGUGGUAAAAGAUCCUUCGAAGAACAUUGCAGAUGCAGACGCCACUGUGAAAAAUCUAGAACAAGAAGCUGAUCGUCUAAUAGAUAAACUCAAACCCAUCAAGGAACUUGAGGAUAACCUAAAGAAAAACAUCUCUGAGAUAAAGGAACUGAUAAACCAAGCCCGGAAACAAGCCAAUUCUAUCAAAGUAUCUGUGUCUUCCGGGGGUGACUGCAUUCGAACAUACAAGCCAGAAAUCAAGAAGGGAAGCUACAAUAAUAUCGUUGUCAACGUAAAGACAGCUGUGGCCGACAACCUCCUUUUUUAUCUUGGAAGUGCCAAAUUUAUUGACUUUCUGGCUAUAGAAAUGCGUAAAGGCAAAGUAAGCUUUCUCUGGGAUGUUGGAUCCGGAGUUGGACGCGUAGAGUAUCCAGAUUUGACCAUUGAUGACUCAUACUGGUACCGUAUUGAGGCAUCAAGAACUGGGAGGAACGGGACCAUUUCUGUGAGAGCCCUGGAUGGACCCAAAGCCAGCAUUGUGCCCAGUACAUACCACGCGGUGUCUCCUCCAGGGUAUACUAUUCUUGAUGUGGAUGCAAACGCGAUGCUGUUCGUUGGUGGCUUGACUGGGAAACUGAAGAAGGCCGAUGCUGUACGCGUGGUUACAUUCACUGGCUGUAUGGGAGAAACAUACUUUGACAGCAAACCUAUAGGGUUAUGGAAUUUCCGAGAAAAAGAAGGUGACUGCAAAGGAUGUACUGUCAGUCCUCAGGUAGAAGAUAGUGAGGGGACUAUUCAGUUUGAUGGAGAAGGGUACGCAUUGGUCAGCCGCCCCAUUCGUUGGUACCCCAACAUCUCAACUGUCAUGUUCAAGUUCAGAACAUUUUCUUCAAGUGCUCUCCUGAUGUACCUUGCCACAAGAGACCUGAAAGAUUUCAUGAGUGUAGAACUCACCGAUGGGCAUGUAAAAGUCAGCUAUGAUCUGGGUUCAGGAAUGGCUUCCGUUGUUAGCAAUCAAAACCAUAAUGAUGGGAAAUGGAAAUCCUUCACCCUGUCAAGAAUUCAGAAACAAGCCAACAUAUCAAUUGUAGAUAUAGAUACUAACCAGGAGGAGAACCUAGCAACUUUAUCUUCUGGAAACAACUUUGGUCUUGACUUGAAAGCAGAUGACAAAAUAUAUUUUGGUGGUCUGCCAACACUGAGAAACUUGAGUAUGAAAGCAAGACCAGAAGUAAAUUUGAAGAAAUAUUCGGGCUGCCUCAAAGAUAUUGAAAUUUCGAGAACUCCAUAUAAUAUACUCAGUAGCCCUGACUACGUUGGCGUUACCAAAGGAUGUUCACUGGAGAACGUUUACACAGUCAGCUUCCCAAAGCCUGGUUUCGUAGAGCUGUCCCCUGUACCGAUUGAUGUUGGCACAGAAAUCAACCUGUCCUUCAGCACCAAGAAUGAGUCUGGGAUCAUUCUCUUGGGAAGUGGAGGGACGCCAGUACAACCUCGUAGGAAACGAAGGCAAACUGGACAGGCCUAUUAUGCGAUAUUCCUGAACAAGGGCCGUCUGGAAGUGCAUCUCUCCAUGGGGACAAGAACAAUGAGGAAAAUUGUCGUCAAACCAGAGCCGAGUCUGUUUCACGACGGGAGAGAACAUUCCGUUCAUGUCGAGAGGACUAAAGGCAUGUUUACUGUUCAAGUCGAUGAAGACAGAAGGCAUAUGCAAAAUCUGACAGUAGAACAGGCAAUUGAAGUUAAGAAGCUUUUCGUUGGGGGUGCUCCACCUGAAUUUCAACCUCCCCCGCUCAGAAAUAUUCCUCCUUUUGAAGGCUGUGUAUGGAACCUUGUUAUAAACUCUGUCCCCAUGGACUUUGCACAGCCUGUCUCCUUCAAAAAUGCAGACAUCGGCCGUUGUGCCCAUCAGAAACCCCGUGAGGAUGAAGGUAGAGAAAUUCCAGCUGAAAUAGUUACCCGGCCAGAGCCAAUGCCCACCCCAGCCUUCCCUACACCCACCCCAGUUGUGGCACAGGGUCCUUGUGCUGCGGAAGCAGAACCAGCUCUUUUGAUAGGGAGCAAGCAGUUUGGGCUUUCGAAAAACAGUCACAUUGCGAUUGCCUUCGAUGACACCAAAGUUAAAAACCGCCUCACAAUCGAGUUUGAAGUGCGAACGGAAGCUGAAUCAGGCCUGCUUUUUUACAUGGCUCGGAUCAAUCAUGCUGAUUUUGCUACCGUUCAGUUGAGAAAUGGAUUGCCCUUCUUCAGUUAUGACUUGGGAAGUGGUGACACCAACACCAUGAUCCCCAGCAAGAUCAACGAUGGUCAGUGGCACAAGAUUAGGAUUAUGCGAAUUAAGCAAGAAGGAAUUAUUUAUGUAGAUGAUGCUUCCAACAGAACCAUCAGUCCCAAGAAAGCUGAUAUCCUAGAUGUUGUGGGGAUGCUGUAUGUUGGCGGACUGCCCAUCAACUAUACCACCCGAAGAAUUGGUCCAGUGACCUACAGCAUUGAUGGCUGCAUCAGGAAUUUUCAGAUGGCGGAGGCCCCUGUGGAUCUUGAACAACCAACCUCCAGUUUCCAUGUUGGAACGUGUUUUGCUAAUGCUCAGAAAGGAACAUAUUUUGAUGGAACAGGUUUUGCCAAAGCAGUUGAUGGGUUCAAAGUGGGAUUGGACCUUCUUGUAGAAUUUGAAUUCCGCACAACUAGAACCACUGGAGUUCUUCUAGGAAUCAGCAGCCAGAAAAUGGAUGGAAUGGGUGUCGAAAUGAUUGAUGAAAAGCUUAUGUUUCAUGUGGACAAUGGUGCCGGCCGAUUCACUGCUGUCUAUGAUGCUGGGAUCCCUGGGCAUUUGUGUGAUGGACAAUGGCAUAAAGUCACAGCCAACAAGAUCAAACACCGCAUUGAGCUGACGGUAGAUGGGAACCAGGUGGUAGCCCAGAGCCCCAACCAGGCAUCUACAUCAGCUGAUACAAAUGACCCCGUGUUUGUUGGAGGAUUCCCAGAUGGCCUCAAUCAGUUUGGCCUGACAACCAACAUUAGGUUCCGAGGUUGCAUCCGAUCUCUGAGGCUCACGAAAGGCACAGGCAAGCCACUGGAGGUCAAUUUUGCCAAGGCCCUGGAACUAUGGGGCGUUCAACCUGUAUCAUGCCCAGCCAACUAAUAGGUUUAACUCCAAGAAAGGCCCUUCAAAAUAAGUAUAUCAAGUAAAAGAAAUAUAUCUUACCUAUAUAUGUUAUUAAAACUAAUUUGUGCAUGUAUAUUGAAUUAUUUCUGUACUCAUGGUGCUGAUUCAGAGCCCAGACCGACUUUAAAUUCAACUUAAGUCCAUGAAUAUUAAACCAAUUAUUUCAUUCUAAAUAAUUGCUUGUUUUGUGUGAUUUUAAAGAUGAAAGGCAACUGACCAUAAAUUAUUGAAUUUGCAACAUGCCUUGAAGUCAUCUCAAGAAAAGCUGAGAUGUAAUUUGUGAAUGCAACUUUUUGAUUGUUUUUAUUAACUCCUAUUAAAACUUUUUUCAUCCUUUUCCAUGUACAUCAUCUUUGGCUUUCUGUUCAGGCCACUGAAAACAACAAUGGAUUUGGCAUGUUUGGGAGGAAAUCAGCUCCUUACUCCCUAUGUUUGAGAAAGCAUUAGCAAAUCAUUUCCCUGAUGUAGGUUUAUUAUUAGAGAGUUUAACUAGCCAUAUGAAUGAAUACUUUUUUUGUGCUGAGCAUGUAUUUAGAGAGUAUAGAUCAGAUUCUGGCAAGAGAGCUUAAUUACUUGAUUUUCUUGUUUGAUAAUGAUUUAUAGGCUUUGGGGAGACACCAGAACCAAGCUCCAGAAUGACAAUUAAGCACACAUUUGAUACUAUAUUACUGAGACUAUGGGCUCCUUAAAUUUUCAGUGAAUAUCACUGUAUACAUAAUCACAGAGGAAUAAUGCUGAAAUGCAUUUUUAUUUACCAGGAAACAAUAAACCAGAAACUUAAUAGAAGUACAUUGCUGAGUCUUUUUGAGUGAUAAUUUAACAAAUUAAUUUCCUUAAAAAAAAGUCUGUGUUUAGUUCUUCUUUUAUCUACUCUUUCAAUCAUCUUCAAAGGGGUCUUUGAGAAGACUGACCUAGAUUUUAUUCAUCAAUUUAAGAAGGAAGUGUUUCAUUUGCCAUCUUCAGUAGAAAUAGUUGUAGUCUAAUAACGCCGAACAUGUAAAAGAACAGACUUCCUUCACAUGGUAAUUUUAACAAAAGAAAAAUAAUCCUUUUUGACAGUGCUAUCCACAAGGGGAAAGAAGGUGCUGUUUCUAAUCAAGGAGAUGGCUAAUACACUCAGCAUUUCACCAUUAGCCAGUUGCUUGAUAUCAUUUGCCUAUACAACCUCAUUCUAGAUCAAGCAAUCUCAAUCAUGGAUCCAUUUUGGAAUUUCUGGGGAAGCUUGAUUUAGUCUAGGAUGUAGCCUGGGCAUGAAUAUUUUUAAAAAGCUUCCCAGGCAACUCUAAAGUUCCAUCAGGAAUGAGAACCACUGUUCUAAAGAGAGAAAGUAUCCACUAUGUCAUAGAGUUGUAGAGUCCUCUAACAAUCUAUUGUUGUUGACUUUGUCUUGGCCAUUUCCUCACAAAUAAAAAAAAAAUAAUAUUAAAUCAAGUUAAUGCCUUUUGAGGCAUCUUUAAGUCAUAAAACUCUCUGAGAACCAAUGUGUUUUAAAAAUGAGGAUGUUCCUUCUCCACUGAACACUGACAAGAUUUGUGCUUACCUGGAAAAUAAGUGAAUAAACAGAAAUAAAGAUGCUAAGUUCCUAAAUUAAAAGUUAAUGCCUUUCUUUCCUGAAGCCUCAACAGAAAGAAAUAUAACAAAUUUGAAAGCAAAGGUACUCAGUUAAUAAUCCUAUCAGAGUCAAGUCCUGUUGAGGUCGAUUUGUAGGUGAAUGCCUUAGAAUGGUAGAAUUGGAAGGGCCCUUUGAAAUCAAUAAGUACAGUGAUUCUCAUCUCUUGCUAGACAUUAAAAUUGCCUUGGGUACAUAUAAAAAGAAAAGAUUCUUAUAGCUGUAUAUCACCCCAGACGUUAGUCUCUGAGUAAGGCCCUGGCAGUGGCAUUUUCUAAACAUCUCCAGUUGAUUCUAAUGUGUGACUAAGGCUGAGAACUUGGGUUUCUACUGCCUCCCUAUUUUAUGGGGGAGGAACUGGAACAAACGCAGAGAGAGUUGAUGUGUGCUUCAAGCCCCACAUUAGUUAAGUUUUCCAAAAUAUUCCCAAGAAAGGUGACCUGGACCCAAGCAGAAUUCACUGAAUCAGGUAUUGGCUAAAUUUGUCCCAGACAAAAUCCAUAUUCAAAAGUGGAUUAUGAAUUUGUAUGGACAAAACUUGUCCAAAUUCUAAGAUGAGAAAUAAGGAAAUUUUAUGAACAGGAAAAGUUUCUCUGGCAUAUUUUAAUUCUCUACCUCAAUAAUCAGAUUUUUAUCCCAAAGCAAAACAUUUCCUUCACCCAACCUUAAUCCCCUCAAUAAUUUCCUCACCUCCUUCCACCCACAGCAAUCAUGAAGAAGACAGAAUACUUUUCAUUUAUUUUUCAAACACCCACUCCUACCAGGUUGUCAACCUUCUUUAAGAAGGUGCUUUGCACUUCAGAAGAAAAACAUUUAUGAAGGGAGUUUUAUUGAAGUUACCAUGGUGAGCACAGCUGACAAUGGAAUAUAAGAAACUGAGCAGAUUUCAGACCCAAAGCACUAGAACACUGGCAAAGUUUCAAUUAGUGGUUUUAAAAAUCAUAACUAUUUUCUCCUUCUUUGAUUUAGCCUAUUGUCUCCAACUACAGAAUUCUUCUAGAUUUUCUGCUUAACAGAGGAAAAGACUACUUUGACAAAUUAAAAAUCUCAAUUUUAUGUGAAAUAUUUACUGAAUUAUUAGGGAAUAUAAUUGGUAUCUACAAUUAUUAUGGAAACAAAAUACAAUAGCUUUCCCAAGUACAGAGCAUAGUCUUUCACUACCACUUGCAAAAGAUAUGACUUCCUGCUAAUGCAGGACUGCAAAAGCAUUUUUCAAUGUCUUUUAAUCUCUGUUGAAUCAAGAGAGAAAUACAAACCUGUUGUACUAUACUCAUCUGCUUGACUGAAAUUAGUACAUACUUCAGACCCAAUGAGCACUUGAAGGGAAAGGAUCUCCCAGGCUGUGCCUGAAAUUCUCUUGUUUGGAAUCUUGAUAUGCAGGUUAGUGACUCAAGCUCACUCUUGGGCAUUUGUGCCAGAAACCUAAGUGACAUGAAAUGUGUGCCCAUUGUCAAAAUGAGAGUGUUAUGACAUGAACUGUGCUCCCCCCCUCUUCCAAAUUCAUGUGUUGAAGUUUUAGCCCCCAAUACCUUAAAAUGUGCUGUACUUGCAGAAGGGGAUUUAAAAGAGGUAAUUAAGGAAAAAUGAAGUCAUGUGGGUGAGCCCUAAUCCAACAUGACAGAUGUCCUUAUAAGAAAGGGGUAAGACACAGAGAAAAGACCUUGUGAAGACACAGAGAGAAGAUGGCCAUCUACCAGCCCAGGAGAGAGGCCUCUAGAGGAAACCAACCCUGCCAACAUCUUGAAAUCUAGUCUCCAGCAUCGUGAGAAAAUAAAUCUCCACUGUGUAAGCCACCUAGUCUGUGGUACGUUGCUAUGGAAGUCCCAGCAAAAUAACGCAGAGCCUUUCUGCAUAAAUACACAAAUACAUACACACAUAGAACAUCAACAUAUUUCAGAUUCCUUUAGAGUGACAUGUACUUCAGAGAAAUCCAUUAUUUUGAACAGUGGCCAUUAUCACUUACAUAAAUGAACACAAAAAAUUGAGACUAAAAAAAUGAAAGAAUAUUCACAACAUACUUAAAGCGAGGAAGUUGUUUUUAUAUGUGCUUGGGGAUAUUAGGAAUAGCUACAUAGUAAUUAUAAAUCAAAGAAAUAGUGUUCUUCUUAAUACCACCACUUACUGAACCUUUCAGCAGAAUGGACUCUCUGGAGAGCUUUCCUGGUUUGUAUUUUCAUGUUUGGAGAACUACUAAUUUAUCCUUGGACAAAUCAAAGUCCUGCUUUAUUUGGGAAGGUUGUCUCUCUGGAGCUCAGCCCUCUUCAGGGACAUACCUAAUAAUAUAAAAUGUGAUAGCAUGGGAGGUGGUGAAGAGUAAUUAGAUUCUGAUAUAUUUUGAAGAUAGAUUAGUGUUUCUAUCAAAGUGAGAGUGUUAUGACAUAAACUGUGCUCCCCUUCUCCGAAUUCACGUGUUGAUUUUUAGCCCCCAACCUUAAAAUGUGAGUGAAGGGGAUCAAAAGAGGUAAUUAAGGCAAAAUGAAGAUGGCCUAUGGAGUAUGAGAAAAUAAAGUACUGAUAACUUCUAAGCAUCUGAAAGAAUAGAGUAGGCAUUAUUUGGAGAUGGGGGGUUGUAGUCAAAGUGGGGCUUUUACAGAUAGGAAAACCAGGUCAUUGGUUUUAGAUAUUAAUUUUAAACUUAUCCAUUAGAUACUUAAGACCACUGUACCAUAGGCAAUUGGAUAAUGAGUCUGGAGUUAUAAGUGUAAAUAUGGGAAUCAUCAGAACAUUGAUGUUAUUUGUAGCCACAAGACUGAUGAGAUCACCAAGGGAGUGAGUGUAGUUAGAGGACUAUGGACACACCAAAAUUAAGAGUAUUAGCGUAUGGAUAUCAAAAAAAAAAUUCAAAAUUUAGACAAAAGAAAUCACUGGGUGUUCUUUCAGUGCAGUACUGGGUUUGAGUUUCUGUUGACUGUCCUAUUUUAUAACUCUAUAAUGUCAAAGGUAUCUUGUAGAUUUUCAUCACGUAGAAAUAUAAAUAAAUUUUGUCUGGUUGAAGGUAACAAUUUUUUAUCGAACUGAGAAAUCUUAUCUUAAUAUUCCUUUAUGUAUAUGUCUGUGUGUGUAUAGAUUCUCAAAUGCUCUUUAGACCAGUUCAUCAUCUUAUUUCUUCCCUCAUUGAGUUAAAUAAAAUCUUUGACGUGUAUUCACAACA